AUGAACGCUAAUAUAUGGGUGGCUGCCUCAGAUGGUAAUAUGGACCGUGUGGAACGUGUUCUCCGCGAGAGCAACGGCGCCACGACCCCGCAAUCCAAGGAUAUCAACGGCUACACUCCAAUGCAUGCUGCCGCUGCGUACGGCCACACAGACCUGCUGAAGAAAAUGUGCAGCGAGUACAAUGGCGACAUCAACGUGUUAGACAACGACGGCGACACGCCGCUGCACCACGUGGAGGACGUGGCCACCGCCAAGUUGAUCGUCGAAGAGCUAGGCGGAGACUUCACGGUCAGAAAUGCAGAGGGCCAAACGCCGUACGACUUGUUCGUGGAGAACGGCGAAGAUGGCGAACUGAUCGAGUACAUGAGGAUCAAGUCCGGUGUGGCCGAUGCCCAGGGCGUGGACGGUUCGCAGGGCGACGGUAUCAUCAAUAGUCAGUUGCUGGAAGAGUUCAAGAACAACGUGCGGUACACUUUGGAGAACGAUCCGGAAGAAGGUGCUGACGAGGCUACUUUGCAGCGCAGGAGGCAGUUAGAACAGAUCGUCACUGGAGACAACGCGGAAGAGGAGUUGGAAAGAUACAUCCGUACUAUGGUCAGAGAGCAGAUGCUGGGCCAGAGCCCCAUGGGGGAAGGCGCGAACGAACCGGAUUCUAAGAGGAGGAAGUAG